GUGCACAUUGCUUGUGCACAUAGGGAAACCGAGGAAUGUGGCGUGUGGGGGUGUGGGGGUGUGGGGCACGUUAUUGCCCCAAUGAUGUGGAGAAGUUGAAAUUACAUCGUUUGCGUCAACAUGCAUUGUCACCAAGGAGGGGGGACGAACCCCCGAGCAAGAGGCCAAAAACUGUGUUGCGGGCCGUCACCUUGGUGGGCAACCCUAAACAACCAGAUUUAUCCACUACUAACCCACUGGCAUCUAUGGCGCCGACGGGUAGUACAACUUCCGCAACCUUGGCCACAACAACAACAACUUCUACUCCUGUGGUUCCCAUACCGUCCACCUCAAUUGGCCAGGCGGGGGGUUCCGGGGAUAGAAAAGAUCCCCUUUGUUCCGGGUUAGAAGAAGACCUCCUAGAUUGGGUGCAGAGUUGCUUAGACAAGGAAGAUGAGGCAGGCAACGACGGGGACUGGUCGAUUGGGACCCCGGAGCCUUUGUGUUUGAUUUGGAUUGCUAAGAAGUCUGUGCUGAAGUGACAAUUAUAAAUACCAUGAACUUUUCUGAACUGUGAAUUGGCUGCAAAAUUUUACUUUAUACCUUUUUGGAUUUUUGAGAUUAAUUUAACUUUUUAAGCUGGAAAAAUGUACCUUUUUGAUAAUGUUUAUUUGAAUUAUACCUUUUUUGGACUGUUAAAAUUUUUGGGAACUGUAAUAUAAUGUAAAUAAUAGAAGUAGUGAGCAGAAUGUGUAGUUAUUGUCUUGAAUCUCUGGCGUUUGAGGGCAAACGCAUUUUUUCUUUAAGGGGGGCAGUUGUAGAGACCCACUCUACCUAUUAAAGCACAAAGGGCAAAAUAGGGAAAAUGCAGUAUGGUUUUAAAAUCCCUUGAAUGGUCUGUGGUUUUGGAAAGUAUAAAUUGCUUGUUGUAUUUUGUGGAAUAAUCCAAGAGCAUUGGGAGUUAA